UAAUUUGUUGAAUCUAUAAAGUAUGCAUAGCUCAUACUGAUACUUGGGCAAACACAUUUUCCAACAUAGAACUUGGAAAAGUUUUUUAUCUGACCAUUCUUUCAAUGAAGGGCAGACGAUAUCUUCUUCAGAGCCUUCUCCUCCAUGGCCUUCUCUUGGCUUUGCUUACUAACAGAGCAGCAUCUGAUCAUUCUCCAUCCAAUACCAAUAAAAAGAGCUACAUUGUCUACAUGGGCGACCGGCCUAAUGAUGGAAGUUCCACAUCCUUACUUCAUAGCAGCAUGCUACAAGAUGCCUUUGGCAGUCAAUUUGUUACAAAGUCAGUGAUCUAUAGCUACAAAAAGAGUUUUAAUGGGUUCGUGGUGGAGCUAACCGAGGAACAAGCACAAAAAAUUACUGGAAUGGAAGGCAUAGUAUCUGUGUUUCCAAAUGAAAAAAGAAAUCUUCAUACAACAAAGUCAUGGGACUUUAUUGGCUUCUCCCAACAAGUUGAAAGAGCAGCUUUGGAAAGUGAUAUUAUCAUCGGAGUUUUUGACACCGGAAUUUGGCCUGAAUCUGAAAGUUUUAAUGACAAAGGACUUGGUCCACCUCCCAGCAAAUGGAAAGGCAGGUGCCAAGUAGCAGCAGGCAAUUUCACUUGCAACAAUAAGAUCAUAGGUGGACAAUAUUACCGCAGCUCUGGGUUUUUUGUCCUAAAUGACAUUAAUUCUCCAAGAGACUCUGAUGGUCAUGGUACUCAUACUGCAUCAACCGCAGCCGGGAAGUUAGUUAAUGGGGCAAACCUGUAUGGCUUUGGUUCAGGAACAGCCCGAGGAGGGGUUCCAUCUGCGCGUAUUGCUGUGUACAAAAUUUGUUGGUCAGAUGGUUGUUUUGAUGCUGACAUUCUUGCAGCAUUUGAUGAUGCAAUUUCAGAUGGGGUUGACAUUAUAUCUAUUUCAGUUGGAAUAUCAUCAGGACAACCCUAUUUCAAAGAUUCUAUUGCAAUCGGAGCCUUUCAUGCCAUGAAAAAUGGCGUAUUGACUGUAACCUCUGCAGGUAAUGAUGGCCCCGACCGUUCAACCAUCUCAAAUUAUUCACCAUGGUCCCUUUCUGUGGCUGCUAGCACCAUAGACCGCAAAUUUUUCACCAAGAUGCAGCUUGGAAACAAUAAGAUUUAUGAGGGAAUAUCAAUAAAUACAUUUGAUCUCAAGAACGAAAUGUACCCUAUCAUUUAUGGUGGUGAUGCCCCCAACACUACUGCAAAUUAUACGGGACGUUUGUCCAGGUAUUGCUAUACGAAUUCACUAGACCAGAAUUUGGUGAAGGGCAAAAUUGUUCUUUGUGAUGCAGCACUCACUGGGAGAGGACCUCUUUUUGCUGGUGCAGUUGGUGCAGUGAUGCGAGACGAGGGUCCAUAUGAUUAUGCUGACUUCUAUCUUUUGCCUGCAUCUUUCGUUGAUCUAGUCGAUGGCGAAAAGAUUUUUCAAUUUGUAAACUUGACAAGUACCCCAACUGCAACUAUAUAUAAGAGUGAUGAGGCUAAUGACUCACUUGCUCCUUAUAUAGUCUCUUUCUCAUCAAGAGGUCCGAAUCCAAUCACACCUGACAUACUCAAGCCAGAUUUGUCUGCACCAGGGGUUCACAUUCUAGCUGCAUGGUCUUUAGUUUCCCCUGUUUCUCAACUUACAGGCGAUAAUAGAUUCGCGCCAUUCAACAUAAUCUCAGGAACAUCAAUGUCCUGCCCACAUGUUUCUUCUGCAGCUGCCUAUGUUAAAUCAUUUCAUCCCACAUGGUCUCCUGGUGCUAUUAAAUCUGCCCUCAUGACCACAGCCUACCCUAUGAGUUCCAGCAUUAACUUGGACGCUGAAUUUGCUUACGGCUCAGGCAAUUUGAAUCCUACCAAGGCUGUCAAUCCUGGUCUACUAUAUGAUUCUGAGGAAGUUGACUACAUAAAAUUUUUAUGUGGACAAGGAUAUGGCACUCGAUUUCUACAAUUAGUAACCGGGGAUAAUUCUACUUGUUCUGAAGCUACCAAUGGAACAGUUUGGGAUCUAAACUACCCUUCCUUUGCUCUUUUUACCUCACCCUUGAAACCUAUUAGCCAUGCCUUCAACAGGACUGUCACAAACGUGGGAUCACCAAUGUCUAUAUAUAGAGCAAAAGUGACUGUCCCACCAGGAGCACUUAAGAUACAAGUUAAUCCAAAUGUUUUGUCAUUCACAUCUCUGGGGCAGAAGCUAUCAUUUGUAUUAACAAUUGAAGGAAAAACUGAUAAAUCUAUAGUUUCUGCUUCUUUGGAAUGGGAUGAUGGUGUGCACAUAGUGAGGAGUCCCAUCGUUGUAUUUAUUUCAAUAUCAUAAUAUCUUACAAAUAGCUCUACUCUAAUGAUUCUGGGGACUCAAGCAAAUAAGGAACUAUGUAAUUCUUGGGGGUUGAGUAAAUCCCUGCUUAUAUAGUGGACAAUCGUUUCCUUGUUGGCUUGUUGCUGCUGUCUGCAGCCUUGUUUGUUUUGUAGCAGCUUUACUGCUUUCUAUG